AUGCGGCCUAUUUUGAGCAUUAUCUACACCUUUCUGCUACUGGGGACGAUCGCCUCGGCUUGGCCCUGGUCCAAUUAUGGAAAUAUCUUUGGACGUGACAUGCUAGACAGGCGUGCAGACGAAACGACAUCCGCAUCCACGUCCGAACAAACCACCACAGUCGCUUCCCAGACCUCUACCAAGUCCUCCAGCGAGACCGGCACCUCCAGCAACACCAAGACCGCCAGUGAUGAGACGGCUAGUGGCUCCACAACCACAGGCACCAACACAGACACCACCACAGGCACAGGCACCACCACAGGCACAUCCAAAAACACCAAGACCAAAUCAUCGACCACUACCUCCAGUGUCUCGAUUAACCCGGCUGCUGGCGAGGGUGGUAUCUCCAUGCUCACACCGGACUCAACAACAACUACCUACUACAAGAUCGGACAGAACAUCACCUUCGUGUGGAACUACACUUCUGUCACCGUCUCGCCUACUGCCGUGGACGUGGUGGCAUCCUGCAGCUUGAACAGUGUCACCUACACCGUGACUAAGAACAUGAGCAUGGAAGCAACUGGUACCGCGAUCUGGGAUACGGGCGACUAUGAGAAGACCGCCACUAUCCCUUUGCUGACAGCGAGCUACACGCUCUACGUCUAUGACUCGGACAAGUCUCUCAGCGACACUGCCAGCGCGGGAUAUCUCGGCUCAGAUUCUGGAUAUGCUUUCGGCAUGUACUUUACUCAGUCUUCCACACCACUGAGCGGAUUCUUCUGUGUCACUUGCAAUGGUGCCUUAUCGGAUACUCAUCGCCAGGGUCUGAAGUUCGUCGUCGGUAUGGCCCUGCUCACCGUCUUUUCCUUCACAUGGUUUGCGGGCAGCUUCGGCCUAUUCUCCCUUUAA